AUGCCUUUGGACAACGAUACCCGCGGGUGGAUUAUGACAUGUAUCAGUGGGAUUGCAUGCGUGCUCGGUGCUACAAUCAUCUGCGUCGACAUAGUAGUUCGCCGAUUCCCACGCUGGCAUGACUUUUCAAUAGCGGAAAGCGAUGGCUUCCUUUCCGCAUCGCUAAGUCUGAGCUUUGGCGUCAUGUUAUUCUCCUCCCUGUAUUCAAUGCUACCGCAGUCAAAGACCUAUCUCAAAGAUGCAGGAUACUCCCCCCGAGCCGCCUCUUUCCUCUUGAUAGGGCUAUUCUUGGGCGGUGUGGUUGGUAUACGAGUCCUAUCGCUUAUGAUCCAUCGACUAUUACCGUCGCAUGUUGUGGACUGUGACCAUAGUCACGAUGACGAAGAGAACUUGAUGAAGCAGCGCGAGGGGAUCGCGGAGCAAUCACAGGACGACGCAUACACCAAUGGACUUUCACUCUCAAAAUCACAUUCCGCGCCAGCCAUGGAAGAGGACGAAGACACACCGUUACUUGCACGCACAUCCACUCUGAAGCCUCACUAUGAGGAGAAUGGAAACAACGAGGGCGACCGUAAACAGUCGUUCCACACAGCACCAGGUAGUCGAAGAGUUUCCGUGAUACCAAACACACUCACAAGAACCUUCUCCAAAUAUGUCGUCGGACAGAAGGAAAACUGUGACGAGACAGGCCCUUGCAUGGGCUUUACCGAUCCUUGCGGGCAGGAUUGCUUCAAGGUUGUGCAUCGACGAGGUUCCGUGUUGCCGGGCCAUGGCCCUUUUAUCAGGAAUCAAACAUGGCGGAGUCUCUCUAACGAUGGCCGCGCGGCGCCUUUCCUGGAAGAUGUUGAAGAGAGCCCGUCCGAGAACGGUCCCGAGCUGACUCAUUCCCACACUGAGAGCUGUUCGAGGAGCAUGAUACCGUCUGCCGGGCGGACGCGUUCCUCGACGCAUAUCACACAUCACCUUCACCAUCCUGAACAUGAACAUUCAGAGGCGAGCAACAGCCUCCGCCGGGUGUCUGGACAUUCCUACUCUGUCGCCCGAGAACACCACCAUCAUGUCCCCACCAACGCGUUCAUGUCUAUAGGGCUUCAAACGUCUUUGGCUAUCGCACUGCACAAAGCCCCCGAGGGUUUUAUCACAUAUGCGACUAACCAUGCCAACCCGCAGCUAGGCCUCUCUGUGUUCAUGGCUCUCUUCAUUCACAACAUCACAGAAGGGUUUGCCAUGUCGUUGCCGCUCUAUCUCGCCCUGGACUCCCGGUUCAAGGCAAUCGCAUGGUCAUCCUUCUUUGGAGGGGUGUCACAGCCUCUUGGAGCCGGAAUUGCAGCAUUGUGGUUCAAAUUGGCCAACAAGAGCAGUUUUGGCGCCCCUACUGAAGGGGUAUAUGGCGGAAUGUUUGCAGUGACAGCUGGCGUCAUGACGAGUGUAGCUCUGUCCCUGUUUUCCGAGAGCCUGCAAUUAACUCAUAACAAGGGCACUUGUAUAGCAUUUGCCUUUUUGGGCAUGGGGAUUCUGGGAGUGAGCUUUGCAUUGACGGCAAGUUAG